AUGAGGUCCGAGACUGAGACCAAGGUGCAGGCGAAUGUCGUUUCGGUCGACAGCGACCAUGAGCAGCAGGCAGAAAAUCGCGCGGCAUCGAUACCAGCCAAGGAGACGGCUAUCCCGCUCCGCAUCAAGCUCAUCGCCGUCUUUCUCGUGAGCUUCAUCGGUUUCGGCUCACAUUGGAGCAGCGGUGUCACGGGAGCUAUGAAAAGUACCAUCAAAAAGAAACUCCACAUCAAUAAUGCCCAGUACGCCGUCCUCGAGGCCAGCGAAGACUUUAUGAAGACCGCCCUCAUUCUCAUCAGCGGUCCCAUCACCGACCGCAUCGGCGGCGCAAAUGCGCUACUCUAUGGUAACGCAAUCUACUCCGUCGGCGCCAUCCUCAUUGCCGCUGCCACCACUGUCCGCAGCUACAAGUUUAUGAUUGGCGGCGUCAUCAUUCAGGCCCUCGGAGACAUUGCCACCCAAGUCGCCCAGUACAAGGUCUUCUCCUCUUGGUUCGCGCCCUCCAACGGCUUCGCCUCCACCCUCGGCCUCGAGCUCGGCCUCGGUAAAGUCGGAGGCUUUGUAGUUAUAUUUUGGUGGUUCACGCGCUGGAGCCACCGCACCUACGCGCCCUCGGCCGAUCCAGCCACCGGGGAGGCCCUCACCGAGAGCAACAAAAAGUUUGAAUGGGGAAAAAUGUUGCGCUUGCCCUGGUCGUUUUGGCUUAUUUCCGCUUUUACACUCUUCCAGACAUCGACGGCGUCAGUCUUUACACAGAAUGCCACCGAGCUCGCGCAGCAGCGCUUUAACGUGACGGCCGAGACGGCCGGGUGGUAUUCAGCCAUGUCACAAUACCUCGGCUUUUUCCUCGUUCCUGCACUCGGUGUCUUCAUCGAUGUCGUGGGCCAGCGCGUAAGCAUCAUGGCCGUGUGCGGCAUCGGCAUGCUCACCUCCAUGGUCCUCGCGGCGUGGGGUCCUACCGUGAGCGGUACAGCAGCAAGCUUUGGCGUCUACGCCUUUGCAUCCUCUCUCGGACCUACCGUCAUCAUCGAUAGCAUUCGGACGACAAUGUGGUACCAGGAAGUGUUUGGAUCGGGGUACGCCAUCAAGAAUGCCAUCAACAAUAGCAUGAACAUUAUCAUUCGCAUCAUCACAGGUGUCAUACAGGACCGCGACAACAACAGCUACGAUCGCGUAGUAGUUGUCUACGUGUUUCUGUCCGUGGGUUCCGUCGCUGUUGCGCUGCUGUUGUUGGUCUGGAGCCAGUUUGACGUCAUUCUCGGCCGGCUGCAGUGGACGCGAAAGCAGAGGCUGGCAAAGGGACACUUAAUCAAUGAGAGAAAGCGCGAGUUUGAACAGGAUGGGCAUGUCAAUAGGAACCGUGUCGUGAGUUUGUGCUGCUUUGGAGCGACUAUUUUGCUUAUUCUGGGUGCUUGGGUGGCGUACUUUUGGGGCGUGGCAACAGACAACAAUAGCUAG